UACGUAGCAAACGAGAAUACUGAUCAGAAGACACAGAAACAAAACAAAAACAAAAAGGAAAAUGGGUUUGAAAGGAACAUCGUUAGUUUUAUACAUUCUCUUCAUCUUUCAUCUCCAUCACACUUUUCCUUCUGUUAGCUCGCUGCCUUCUUCAGUUGAUACGAACCACCAUACUCUUCCUCUCAUCAAUGCCUCCUCAAAGCCAGAUGUUGCUAGCUUUGAAGGAAAGGCUCGGGAAUUAGCUGUCGUUAUCAAAAAAGGAGGACGUUCUGGUGGCGGAGGCCGUAGAAGCACUGGAGGCGGUCUAAGCCGUUCAAGCGGCGUGGGACGUAUAGUUCCGAUUCAUACUGCUGCCGCUGCUGCUGGUGGAUCACAUAGUUCAAGCGGCCGCUUGGAACUUGCGGUUGGUUGGUUGGGUUUAUCGGUUUUAGCUGGUUUAUUAUUGGUUAGAAGAAUUUAAAAUUUUUGUUGGCCUUUAAAAACUGUAUGAAUUUAUAAGGUAAACUGUUGAUAAGCGAUUCUAUCUAUUUAUUUAUCUACGGUCAAAUAGUUGUUUGGUAUGCUUAUAAGCAGUUUGUAAAGUGUCAACCAUUUCAAGUUAUAAGAGAUUUUCGUAUUGAGAUAGUGAUUCAGCAAGAAGAAUAUAUAUUAGCCAAAAU